UAAAGGCGCGUCAAGCCGUGUAUGAUCGCAUCCUGUUUGUUUGCCAGCUGCGGACUGUAGUUACCGUGUGGACAUACGUUACAUCUGCUAGAACCGCGCCAUGGCUGACCAGCUGACAGAAGAGCAGAUCGCCGAAUUCAAAGAGGCUUUCUCACUCUUUGACAAGGACGGUGAUGGCACCAUCACAACCAAAGAGUUGGGCACUGUCAUGCGCUCGCUCGGACAGAAUCCAACAGAGGCUGAGCUGCAAGACAUGAUCAACGAGGUGGAUGCUGAUGGUAAUGGCACGAUAGACUUUCCAGAGUUUCUGACCAUGAUGGCAAGAAAGAUGAAAGACACCGACAGCGAGGAGGAGAUCAGAGAAGCAUUCCGUGUCUUUGAUAAGGAUGGCAACGGAUACAUCAGUGCAGCCGAAUUGCGUCACGUUAUGACAAACCUCGGAGAGAAGUUGACCGACGAGGAGGUCGAUGAGAUGAUCAGAGAAGCUGACAUUGAUGGAGACGGUCAAGUUAACUACGAAGAAUUUGUACAGAUGAUGACGGCGAAAUGAAGGCCUUGUACAGAUCCUCUCUCUUCUAUAAAUAAUUUGCCUUUUUUUUCUGUUUAAUUGAAUCUGUAAAAUGUUAAGUCCCCUCCCCUCCCUCCUCCCGGCUGUCCAAAGGAACUGCAUGUAAACUGCAUAGGAUCUUCAGUCCUCAUGUCCCUUUCUUUUGCUGUCAUCGUGUUUUUGAGGUGGCGGUACGGUUACACGAUCAGGUGCUUGUUGCCGCGAAGAGGGGGCUGUGGCGUGUACAAAUGCACACGUCACGUCUGUCAGACCCCCUCGUGCGUCGCAAGAGUGGAUCCCUGCCAGCUGGUUGUCUCUUGGCACCGACGUUGGCAUGGCAACAAUGUAGAGGCGUAACUCUGCAUGGACUAUGGACAAAGUAUAUAAUAUAUAUAUAGAAAUGUGUAUAUAUAUAUAUGAAAUUUCUCAGCAUUGCACUACUGCAAAAAAAAGAAAAGACACUGGUGUAUCUUCAAGAUACUCGUACAUAAACUCUUUUGUAUCUGCUGUUCUAUACCAAGAACUUGUUUGAAUCUUACAAUGCUUUUUAAUGUUUUAUUCACUUAUUCACGGUAGUUUUCUUUUUACUUUUCUUUUUUUUAAGCCACUUAAUGGCAUUGUCAUGCCUCAGAUAGUCCAUUCCAAGUUGUAUAUUUGUUUUCAAAUAAAAUUUACUAUUUACCCAUAAUGAAAA